CCACUGUCCAGCUCACCGGAACUGUCAUGGAACCUUCCAUACAAUUUGCAGAGCAAGCCUCGCCGUCUGCCAGAAACCACGCAUCGUCACACGAUGCUGUUGGCGGAGUGGUGCGUCUGAGGUCUCGUACGCAAUCGCAAAGCCACAAGAGAUCGAUAGAUCUCACAAAGACUGGCGAAUACGAUGACGCUGAAGACGAAGAUGCUGGCUUACGAAACGAAGCCGACUACAAGCGUAGUCAGUCCUUCAGUAUAGGUCAAAUUGUCGCGCUCGCGUACCAAUCCAUCGGUGUAAUUUAUGGUGACAUUGGCACCUCACCCCUAUACGUGUUUUCUUCUACGUUCACAGAGGCUCCGACCCAUGCUGAUCUGCUGGGAGCACUAUCGCUUGUCUUGUGGUCAAUUACUUUGAUGGUAACGGUCAAAUACGUCCUCAUCGUUCUGCGUGCCGACAAUGAUGGUGAGGGUGGCACCUUCAGUACAUAUUCGCUGCUGUCGAGAUACGCGAAUAUCUCCAACCGAGAUCCACGGGAGGAGUCGCUCGUCCGCAUGCAAAGGCAUGACACCAACGAUCUGGGCCGCUCCACCAAAAACAUUCGAUCCGGUAUCGAGAACUCUAGGUUCUUUCGCGGUCUUCUCAAAAUAAUCGGAGUACUCUCGGUCUCUAUGGUCAUGGCUGACGGAGUCUUGACCCCUGCUCAGUCUGUGCUAGGCGCUGUACAAGGACUGAGCGUGGUCAAAUCAGACAUCGACAAAUCGACCAUCAUCGGCGUCACCUGUGCGAUUCUGAUCUUAUUAUUUGUAGUACAGCCGCUGGGUAUAUCGAAGCUCACCAUAAUCUUCUCGCCUAUUGUCAUGGUGUGGUUGCUACUAAAUGCCGGCUUUGGAGUGUACAAUCUUGCCAGGUACGACUAUACGAUAUUGAAAGCUUUCAAUCCGCACUAUGCUUUCGAAUACUUGAUACGCAACAAAUACCACGGCUGGAGGAGCUUGGGCGGUAUACUUCUUGCGUUCACUGGGGUCGAAGCCCUCUUCGCCGACAUUGGUGCUUUCAGCCGCCAUGCGAUUCAACUUAGCUGGCUGAGCUACGCCUAUCCUUGUCUCUUGCUCGCGUACAGUGGCCAAGCUGCAUAUAUCAGCGAACACCCAGACGCCUACUCGAAUCCCUUCUUCAAGUGUGCUCCGCAGGGAUGGCUGAUUUUCUCGCUGGUCGUGGCCGUGGCUGCGGCUAUCGUGGCUUCACAGGCUAUGAUAACAGCGACGUUUCAGCUGCUCACUCAGAUUAUGAAGCUCUCAUACUUUCCGCAGAUUAGAGUGGUCCAUACAUCGACAACGUAUCAUGGACAACUGUAUGUACCAGCUGUCAACUGGCUACUAAUGGUAGGGACUGUGUUGGUCGCUGCCAUUUACAAUAACACCACGUCCCUUGGUAACGCGUAUGGCGUGUGCGUCAUGUUCGUCACCUUCUUCGACACAUGUAUGGUAACGCUUGUGGCGAUGCUGGUGUGGCGUAUCAAACCAUACUUUAUCCUCCUACCCGCACUGCUAUUCGCCUCACUGGAUGGGGCGUACUUAUCAUCUGCACUUACAAAAGUGCCGGAUGGCGCAUGGUUCACAAUCCUUCUAGCUACACUGCUUGCCUCCAUCUUCAUACUUUGGAGAUUCGGCAAGGAGAAGCAGUGGUACGCAGAGGCCAGCGAUCGGUUCCCAACGACUCACUUCGUCAGGACGCGUUCUGACGGGCAACUACAGCUCACUGAACGGUUCGGCGAUGAACUUGUCGGCUCCAUGCAAGGCUUUGGUAUCUUCUUCGACAAGGCUGGUGAAACGACCCCUAUCGUGUUCAACCAGUUUAUCCGCAAGCUCGUCGCAGCGCCAACAGUCAUAGUAUUCUUCCACCUCCGACCGCUGGACCAGCCCUUCGUCGAGCCAGAGGAUCGUUACAGCGUGUCGCGGCUUGCGAUACCCAACUGUUACCGUCUCGUGGUGCGACAUGGGUACAUGGAUGAGGUCAUUACACCCAACCUUGCGUCCCUUAUCUUCGAGAAGGUGCGCGACCAUAUUGUGGCGCGCGCACUAGAUCGCGAGGGGGAGAAAGGUGCCGCUGCCUCCGCCAGCGGUGUUGAGGGCUCCGAGCGAGACAAUGCUUCAUCUCGCAACUCUACAACCUCGUCUCGUCUCGAAGCGCUGGAACGCGCCUACCAUCACAAAGUGCUCUAUAUCACCGGCAAGGAACAGAUGAAGAUCAGCUCGGGAACGAACGUCCUGCGCCGGUUCUUCCUGCACAUCUUCCUUUUCAUUCGUGAGAACACCCGGACGAAGAUUGCAAGCCUGGACAUUCCGAUGGACAAGGUUAUCGAGGUGGGAUUUGUGAAGGAUAUUUGAUACGCAGAGCAAAAAUGUGCAUUAUCGCCUCGAUCGAGCUUGGGUGUCAUUGUUGAUCUACACUUGAUUUUACAGUGAGUGGACAGAAGUCUGUUCGCGCUAAAAGCUUGG